CGCGCGCAUCUGAAAGUGAACGCUUUGGGGCUCUCGGCGCUCGCUCUCUCUGGUCUGGCCGUCCGCGCCAUCCUGGUUGCCGUGCUGUGGCCCGGGUGGCGGGCGGUAUGGAGGAGCCGCAGGCCGUCGCGGGCGCGAACGUGUCGCUUCACAACUUCAGCGCAAGGCUGUUGGAGCAGCUCGUCCACUUCCACGUCAUGCGGCUCACAGACUCGCUUUUCCUGUGGGUGGGGGCAACGCCGCAUCUACGCAACCUCGCAGUGGCCAUGUGCAGCCGCUACGACCCUAUCCCUGUGUGCACCUCCCUUUUUGGAGACACCUCUGACACAACCUCCACUGGCCUUGCCCAGCGCUUAGCCAGGAAGACCAGUAAACAGGUGUUUGUCAGCUACAAUCUCUCCAACACAGACAGUAACUUCACAUUACUAGUAGAAAACAGAAUCAAGGAAGAAAUGGCGACGUUUCCGGAGAAGUUCUGAGUGGCAGAAGGAAGAGUGUGUAACUUGUGUAUAAACUACAUUUCAAUAAACAGGUUGGGUUUUGUCUCA